AUGUCUCCCAGAAACUCAGACAUCGAGGUCGGUGAUGUUGACAAGGCAAAUGCCAACAAUGUCGAAGUCAUCGCCAACGCCGACAAGCCAAACCCCCAAAAGGAAGCCCCGGCCUCGGUGGCCACUCUCACACCGGGAGAACGUACCAAAGCAGAGAAAGCCCUCGUCCGCAAGAUCGAUAUCCGCCUCUUACCCAUGAUCAUCCUCAUGUACAUCCUCAACUACCUCGACCGAAAUAACAUCGCCUCAGCCCGCCUAGCAGGACUGGAAGAAGACCUGGGAUUGGUUGGAAACCAAUUCGCAACCUGCGUCAGCAUCCUCUUCGUCGGCUACCUGCUAAUGCAAAUCCCUUCAAACCUAAUGCUGAACAAAUUUGGCAAACCAGCCCUCUACCUCCCAACCGCAAUGAUGCUAUGGGGAAUAAUCUCUACAGCAACAGCAGCAGCAUCAAGCUACGCCGGCCUGGUAGUAAUCCGAUUCUUCCUCGGUUUCGUCGAAGCGGCCUACUUCCCCGGCUGUCUCUACUUCCUCAGCGCCUGGUACACGCGCAAGGAAUUAGGCUUCCGCACCGCAGCCCUAUACUCAGGAUCCCUCCUCUCAGGCGCAUUCUCCGGCCUGAUCGCAGCUGGAAUAACAAGCAACAUGGACCACGUCCUGGGUCUCCGCGCCUGGCGCUGGCUCUUCAUAAUCGAAGGCGCAAUCACCAUCGUCAUCGCCUUCGCAGCAGUCUUCGUACUGCCCAAUUUCCCACGAACAACCAGCUGGCUCAGCGAAGAAGAAAAAGAACUCGCCGUCUGGCGCCUCGAAGAAGAUAUCGGCGAAGACGACUGGGUCGACAGCGAACAGCAGACCUUCCUGCACGGCGCCAAACUCGCUUUCGCAGAUAUAAAAACCUGGGUGCUGAUGCUGAUGAUCCUCUGCAUCGUCUCCUCAGCCUCCGUGACAAACUUUUUCCCAACAGUCGUCGAAACACUCAACUACGGCAAAAUCGAGACUCUCCUCCUCACAGCCCCGCCAUACUGUCUCGCCGUCUUCUGUGCGUUCGCAAAUGCCUGGCACGCCGAUCGAACCGGCGAGCGCUAUUUCCAUGUUACAUUGCCUCUCUACCUCUCGGUCGUGGCAUUCAUCAUUGCAGCCACGACGAUGGGGACGGCGCCAAGAUAUCUUUCCAUGAUGCUUAUGGUUCCGUCGUUCUAUUCUGGCUAUGUUGUUGCUCUUGGGUGGAUUUCGAAUACUUUGCCUCGUCCGGCUGCUAAGCGUGCUGCUGCGCUUGCGGCUAUUAAUUGUGUUAGCAAUGCUAGCAGUAUCUAUGCUAGUUACAUGUAUCCCAAUAGUGAUAAGCCGCGGUUUGUGCCUGCCAUGUCUGUCAACUGCGCCACGGCGUUUAUUGCCAUUGUUGCUGCUACGGUGCUGAGGUUCAUGUUGGUUCGUCUUAAUAAGAAGCUUGAUCGCGGUGAGGAGGUUGAGGGGGCUGUUCCUGGUGAGGGGAGUCGUCGUGGAUUCCGGUUCUUGGUAUAA